UGCGAUGAGCAAGUCUACACGUACUGUUAAAUCCUUCGCGAACUUCAGUUCGAUGGGUGCAUUUGAAAGCUAUUGAGCAAUCUGCUGCCAGCUACUAGUAACUUCGGACUAGUGUGGUGCCUCGCCGUGGCUAUAAAAGGUCUUUUCUCGACCAUCAUCAUGUUGUUGAGUGCCAUCCCUGUCAUCAAUAUUCAACAUGAUGUGGGCCCUUGCGUCGCUGCUGCUUGCAGGUCAUGUCCGAGCAGCUAUCCCCAACGCAAUGCUUCGCGGCAUGCCUUCUCUCCCAAAGCUUCCAGUGCCGGAUCGUUUCAUCACUUCGCCGAAUGGAACAGUACUCCCACCCAUUACGACCGUCUAUUACUUUGAUCAGCUCAUAGACCACAAUAAUCCAGACCUCGGGACCUUCCAGCAGCGGUAUUGGAUGGGCUGGGAAUUCUACGAGCCCGGUGGCCCCAUCAUCUUGACGACACCUGGAGAAGGUCCCGGGGAUGGCUCCGAGGCUCUCACUACCAAUGAAACCAUCAACGGUCUCAUCGCUCAACAACAGAAUGGUGCAGUCAUCGACAUCGAACACCGUUUCUUUGGCUAUUCCAAUCCAUACGACAACCUCACGUCACAAUCUCUCGCGCUCCUUACCAUCCAGCAGGCCAUUGAUGAUCUCGAGUAUUUCGCGAAUACUGCUGACCUUCCCAUGCCUGGGGGUGAUGCUGUGAAACCAGGUCAGGCCCCUUGGAUACUGACCGGAGGAAGCUACGCGGGGGCCCUCACAGGUUGGACGAUGGUCAACAAACCAGGACUUUUCUGGGCCGCAUAUGCAUCUUCUGGGGUCGUAGAAGCAAUCACUGACUAUUAUGAGUAUUUCACCCCUGUUCGCGAGUACAUGCCGCAGAACUGUUCCUCCGAUGUAGAGGCAGUGAUUGCCCACCUGGAUGAGUUGUACAUAGCUAACGACACGGCUGGAAUCCAGACCCUUAAGGAGGCAUUUGGCCUCGGCGAUGUUGUACACGUAGAUGAUUUUGCCACUGCAAAACAGACAGCGUGGUUGGCAUGUCUUUCUGUCGUUUAUAUUGCACCGGCGCGCACAGUUCCUCCUUUUCUUUUUUCGACAUUCUUUUUCUUAACUUCUUCUGCUGCUUUCUUGACUCGACUGACUUUGCUUGGGCCAACAGUUCAAAACAACUUGUUCGAGUGGCAAAAUCUGCAGCCUGCUAUUGGCCCAGGAGCAAUGUUCUUCCAGUUCUGUGAUGCACUCGAGGUCAAGGACGGUGUCAGUGCCGGACCUGAAGGAUGGGGACUUGAACACGCCAUCUACUCUUGGGGAAACUUCUGGAAUACUACAUACUACAAAUAUAUCUGUGAAUCCGUGGAUGCUGAAACUUGUUUUGGGACGUAUAACACGAGCCAGCCCUACUGGACUAAUGUUACCGUGAACAAUUCAGGCAGGUCGUGGUUUUGGAUGGUGUGCAAUCAAGUCGGAUGGUACCAGGUUGGCCCCCCCGAAGGCCAACCCGCAAUUGUGAGCCGCAUCCUCCAACCCAUUUACAACGAGCGCCUAUGCGUAAACAUGUUUCCUCAAGCGUUCGCCUAUCCGCCUCAGCCGACCACUACACAGACCGACACAAUGUAUGCCGGUUGGAACGUGAAUGUUCCACGUCUCUUCUUCGCCAACGGCCUGCGCGACCCUUGGCGUGAAUCAACUGUCUCUGCUGAUGGACUGAAUAAACCUAACACUACCAGCAUGCCGAUUUAUCAGGGCGAUGGAUUCCAUUGCUCGGAUAUGCUCGCGAAGAAUGGCAUUGUAGACCCAACUGUCGCGGCCGUGCAGGAAGCAGGAUUAAGGUACAUGAAGGAGUGGCUUGCUGAGUGGAGGCCGUCCACGUGAUAAUAGAUUGAAGCAUUGCCAGGCUGGGGCUGUGGUUAGGCAAGUUGUUUAUAUUACUGUAACCUACGUCUGGGAAGAAGUGUCGAUGCCAAUACAGAGUCCGUUUCAUUUCUCGAGGCUUCCGAGGGCCCAG